AUGAACCACGCCCUGGUCUUCACUCGAGAAGUCAACGUGUUCAACGAGUACAGCAACCAAUUCACCAUGACCAUCCAAUUGUUUGCACUUAGCACUCGAAUGCUGUGGCUCAACUUGGGCAUCGUCAAGGCGUUCAAGGUCUUGUUGCAUCUCGUGUCGCCAUCAGUCUAUUCCGGUGAAAGUCGCGCCAUGCCCUUCUUCAACUUUAGCUCGGUCACGACGCUGUACCUCACCACGAUACUGCUCUUCUAUGUGCCUGAGUACAUCGAGUACAACAACCAGUCCCGUGUCGACGUCACCAACAAGAUGGAAGCUCUGGACGGCCAGUUUGUCGACUUUUUCGAGAGUUUUUACAUCCGCGUGGCGCCUGCAAUCGCCGUCGGGCUACUGGUAAAUGUCGUCGCUGUCCUCUUUGUGGACCACUUGAUGUUCUAUCCACACUGGCAAAAGCUCAAAAAGAACAGCUUAUCGCGGCAAGCAAUCUUCAACUCGACCUCGAUCGUGUGCGAAUUCGUCGACGACGUCCAAACUGUGAACGGAGACACGCUGAUGACAUGUUCGGCCCGCCGCAUGAGCACGUUGCAGUGGUAUUUUAUGCACCACCUCCGUUGCUUUGGGCUGCAGGAGCGUGAUUUGUCCAAGCGAAAGUCGUCAAGAAUGACGAUAAAAGCCUCUGAGCAGUCAAAGUCACAGUUAAUUACGACGACAUCCCCCGACCUCAAGUAUACAGUCGGCCAAGACAACAAUGGUCACAUCCAUCUCCUUGACGACCAAUUGAGCGACGUGAAGAGCCUCGUCUUGAACAUCAAGGUCCUGCGGGACACCUCUCUCGUCAUCCAGUAGAUGAUGCGUCCUCGAGAGAAAGCGUCGCGCAGCCUUUCAUGUGUUGAACCAAAGCCAAUCUGUGUUUAUGUCAACCCUCUAUCCUGCCAACUAACUAUGGUACAGUAAUU